GAUUCGAAUUGUUUAAAGUGAAAAGGAACAUUUUUUCCAGAAGUGAAGGAGUGAAUCAGUUCAAAAUGUUAAAAGCAAUCUUUACUGCAGUAAAACUCUUAUGUUUAGCGUUUCAAGUGUUAGCGACGGGUGCAUCUUAUCAUAACCAAGAACCAGUGAGUCUUUGUGCAGGUAAAGAAGUUGCAACCAACUUUGUAUAUGGUGAUUCUGCAGUGAAAUUUAUCAACUUGACAGUAAUAAAUUGGACAGUUAGAAAGACCAAACAAGAUACAGCAGAAAUCUUCAGCUACUAUAAUAAAGAAGCAGGAUUCAAGAUCCGUGCUCCUCAAGGAGACAGGUUCAAAGACAGAGUAACAUGGGUUCCUAAUACUAUAAAUCUGAAGUUUAGUGAUCUAAUAACAAAUGAUACAGGACUUUAUGAUGUUUCCAUAACUAUUUUUGAUGCAGGGAAGGAAGAAACUAAAGAUACAAAAGCAACUUUCCAACUGGCUGUCAAAGCUAAAGACAAUUGUGAGAGUAAUGGUGGAGGAAUAUCUACUGGAACUAGUGUUGGAGUUGUAGUUGGUCUAUUAGUUCUUUUGAUAAUAACAUAAGUCAUUGUUCUGGUUCUCAUAAAGAAGAGAAAAGGUAAACUUCAUAGUUGUGUUCAUAAAAAAAAAAUAAUAUCUGCAAAGAACUUUUAUCCUCAUUAUAAUAGAGGGUUCUAGUCUCAAAGGUACUGUGUCUUUGUUUAUAAAAUAUUUACUGUGGAUUCAUUAUUAUUUGUUGGAUACAAAUUUUUGUGGAUUUCGUUGGUACAGGUGAACCACGAAAUUAGAUGUUCAACAAAUGACAAAUUUUCUAUAGGCUUGUAUUAAGACUUCGGAAAAACCACAAUAUUAAUCAUCCACGAAAAUUGGUGAAUCCACAGUAACUGUAAUUUGAAUGUGUCUUUGCAGAUGUUUAUUUUCACAGAACUGGUACACACUUUUGUUUAGGAGCCAGCCAAAGCCCGUCUCCUUUUGCAGGAUUUUCUUCUCUGUGUUGAAAACCCUUUGGUGGCCAUCAGCUGUUUUCUGCCUUAAGUCAGGAAAUCACAAUUUAUAUUCUCAAUUUUAUGUCUGUUUGGCAGGCUUCAUCAAACCUUGACAUCGUUUCUAAGGUUUGAAAAUAGGGCAAAUUUUUAUAACUUUCCAGGAGAGGCAUAAUCAUUUCAUUAAUAAAUGUGACUAGGUUCAAGUGAUAUACAAAGUAUUCUUACAAUUAUAAUAGACUUGAAUUCCACCUCACCUUUAUCUAAUUGUACAGCUGAAUUUAUA